UGGGCGUUGAUUGGAUGCGGAAACAUGCUCUGCAUUUACUAAAUUGGGGUAACCGCCUUCAACGGUGUUGUCAAGGAGUGCUUGGUGAUAUGCCUCCACAGCAUGAGUACUUCGGAUGGUUCAAAAGGGUGACUCGGAGGUUCAUUGAUGUUCCUGGUGCUACAUUGACUAUACUGAUUGAAGGAUACCUCCGUUUGUUGAGCCGUCACCCGGUGGGCACGGAGGACCACCAGGAUAUUAUAGAUGUGCUGACUGCAGUACAGGCGAUUGGCCGUGUACAACCUCGGGACCCUGAGGUCCUGAAUGAGGAGGCAGCUACUCCUGCCGCAGCAGCUACUCCUGCCGCAGCAGUUACUCAGAGGCCAAGCAUUACUGAGAGCCCAAGCACGAGCAUAGCUCCCACUAGACGUUUGCGUGUUCGUACCCCUCGAGUUGUCCCUACCUCUGAGCCCCCUCCACCCACCCCACAUCCAUCCCUUAGCCCCACAAUCCCUUCACCCACCCUACAUCCAUCUCGUAGUCCCACCAUCCCCCCAUUGACUCCACAUCCUUCUGUUGGGCCUGACAUUCCUCCACCCACCCCACGGUCAUUUCCCGAUGUGUCACCCAUUCCAUCCUUUGACUUGGGUAUUCAUCUAACCCCACCUGACAUACAGCAGGAGCCACCCUCUGGCAGUAUGUCUACUGGCCCUUCAUCAGCCAUCACCCCACCCCAUGUUCAUGUUGAGGAAGCUAGUGGGUUACCUGUUCAACAAGAAGGUCGGCCGAAACGCAUAUCAAAGGCACCUCCUUGUGGGACAGGAGGGCAUAAACAUGGACACAACGCUGGGCCCGAGGCAUCUGACGAAGGACAUGCAAGACCUCCUCCUUAUUAUACGAGACGGCAGAAGGUCCAAAAAAGAUGAUGAUGGUAUGAAAAGGCCGGAAGCACCAAAAUUCAAGUUCAGCACAAUAAAAGUACCAAGAAAUAACCUUUCCAAUGCCAAUAAGCUUGGAGGAGGCAGCUUUUAGGUCGAUUCUCAAGGCCGAGCAAGCCCCUCUCGAUCUCUGGCUUAUCAUCGUUAGGGAGUACUUCGAACAAGGAAAAGUUGAACAAUUCCGUCAAAUUUUGGAGGAAGGUUCAGGCCCUGAAAUUGAUGAGUAUUAUUCGGAUGUUAGAUAUGAGAGGAUUGCCAUCUUAAAUGCUUUAGGGGCUUAGAUAGCUACCUUGGAAAGAUUUAGACGAAACAAAGAGAAAAGGAGGAACAUUUCAUUUUGGCUACUCAAUACUAUAACAAAGCAUCUAGGAUCGACAUGCAUGAGCCUUCUACUUGGGUUGGCAAAGGUCAGCUUUUACUGGCUAAGGGUGAUGUAGAACAGGCAUUUGCUGCUUUUAAGAUUGUAUUAGAUGGAGAUCGUGAUAAUGUUCCAGCUCUUCUGGGUCAGAUAUGUUCUCAGCAAUGUACAUGAGUUUGAUGUUGCUCUUGACCUGUAAUAUUGGAACUCUUGUAAGAGGGCAUUGAUAGUGCAUCCCAGAUGUCCUGCGGCUGUAAGACUUGGCAUAGGUCUCUGUCGCUACAAACUAGGUCAAUUUGAUAAAGCUCGGCAGGCAUUUGCGAGGGUUUUGCAGGCA